CUGUCAAAAAAUGUCUGAAGAAAACCCGUUUUGUCUCUGAGGAGCUGUGUGAUUUUCUAAUCCUGGUCUGAAGGAUUUGAUGAACAUUGAUGUAAAGAUGUGCUCUCUUGUUUUUGUCUCCUGUCUCUCAGACGUGCUGGUGAACGGGAAGCCAUGCGACUGCGAUGUGGUGGCAGACUGCAGAGUGGGCGACGCCGUGACCCUGGAGGUUAAACUGACCAACCUGAACAAGAACCCGGUGGGCCCGCUGUCUCUGACCGUGAUGCCGUAUCAGGACUACCAGAACGGGGUCCAAAACUACGACCUGGACGAAGCGGUCACCUUCGUCGGCUCAAACACCUUUUUCAUCGACGUGGUUAAACCCAGGGAGAGCUCGGUGUGUGAGGGCGCCCUGCUCUUCCUCUACACCGGAGACUUCUACCUCAACAUGAAGGUUCAGGACGACAGCGCCCGGCGGGAGCUUCCUCUGGCCUGGUUCACCCUGCCUGGCGUCCACGUCAGAGCCCAGGACACGCCGCUGCAGGCCGGGGCCUAACGGACCCAAACAGCUAAACGUAGCACAACGUGGUGCAGCUGUAACAGCCUGGAUGUGACUUCGUUACAGGUUUCUGCUUCUGUUUGAAGGAAUCGAGACAACCUGCUCACCGGAGGACAUGUUUUCAAAAGCUAAACUGACACUGAUGAUGAAAACCAAACUGACUUUGUCUUUCAUUACAGGACGCAGGAGUUAGCUUAGCGCUGUGAGCUCUGCUGAACCUCUAGACACAUUUAGCUGUAAGAGUCGGCUUCCUAACCGAGAGCCAACAUGAUGAAACGUUUUAUCCCCUCUGUGAAACCGUUCUGUUUCAACAACUCUAUUCUUAUUUAUUUUUUUUUUCUUUUGUUUACUGCUGCAGAAUCAUAAGGCAUUGAGAUAUUGAUUUAUUUAAUUAGCUGUGUGACUGGACUGAUUAUGCUGAUGAUAAACUGCUGUAAAUAAAUGCUAGAAAAAGCAA